AUCGGUACGAACAGGAAAAAGGAAAACUGGGGCUAGCAGACCAGAGUAAUUUUUGCAUUGGUGGAACGGGAAUUAUAAUGAGUAAGUCGGUAUUGAGGAAAGUCUAUCCCCAAUUAGACUAUUGUAUCAAGCAUACAGCCACGGAGCAUGAGGAUAGUGAAGUAGGCCGCUGCCUAAGGAAGUUCGUGGGCGUGCAAUGUCCAUGGGGAUACGAGGCAAGUGAAAUUUUUUAUCAAGACUACGGUGAUGACCAACAGGCUUACCACGGAAACCUUGACUUGAUACCUCUUGAGAAAGCCGUGAGUUUACAUCCUGUCAAAGACGCCCGCUACCUUUAUCGUCUUCAUUAUCAUUUUUUAAGUAUGAGGCAUCAAAAGAAGCAAGGUCGAGCAGGAAGACUUAAAGAACAACUGGAAAAUACAGAAAAAAUACUAACUCUAUCGAAAGGCGACGAUAGUUUCUUUAGGAAAUCUGCCGAGUAUUUUUGCCACAACAGGCAUUGCGACGAGUUUCAUUCGAUGGGAAAACUUACCCAUGAUGAACGCCUUCCGCCAAAAACGUGGGCCAUGUUUCAAGAGCUAGGCUUUCAAAGUUUUGGCGUACGGCAAUUUUCAAGUCCGGUUGAAGCUAUUAUAAGCUCGAAGGCAAAGAUUCUGAGACAGGUGACGGAGAAAGCGAAACAAGACAUAAUGCAGGAGGAAAGAUCCGAACUGUAUCAUGGCUUCUACUUUGGUGAAUAUACCGUCGGUUAUACCAGAGAGAGUCCGACUGGUGGUAACUUAUAUGAAGUACACUAUACGGUACGAAUGAAACGCCAUAUCGGAGGGCAGGAAAUAAAGAGUGUUCGAGAACCGAGGCGAGUUAAGUUUAAAAACUCAUACGGUAGUUUGAUUUUUCGAUCACAAGAGACAAAACCGAAGAAAGAGCUGAUUAACAUUGUAGUUCCCGCCAAGGGAUCUGUAUCAAGAUUAGAAAACUUCCUCAAAGGUGCUCACCAAUUGUUGGUGAAUUUGAAGGAGUCGUUUCGCAUUUUCGUUGUAUUUUUUCGCCGCAGCGUGUUUUCCGUUAAAACGUUUAAGAACAUUCGUGAAAACUACAGAAAAAAAUUCGGAGAUUCUAAGUUCGUCUGGCUCGAGGUAGACGGGAAAUUUAAGCAACAGGGUGUCUUCAAUGCAACUCUAAAACAUUUUCCCAAAAGUCAACUUCUGCUAUUCACUGAAGCGAACUUUACAAUCAACGCGGAUUUUCUCGCUCGUUGCCGUCAAAAUACCGACAAAGGGCGUAUUUAUUUUCCCUUAGCGUUAAAGACACGAGACAAAAAGAACGCUUACCGAAAAGGUCUAUGGGAAUUUGAAAACUAUUUAACAUUUUGCGCGCACAGCGCUGACGUCAAGUCGUUGAUAGACAUGCAUCCGUUUGUGAAUGCGAGUUCAGAGAGUAGCUCUAUGGUGGAUCUUUUUAUCACACAUGAACAACGUGCGUUUGAUGUGUUCAGAGCGCAUGACCCAGGUCUCUUGCUUCUAGACACCGCGCGGCCGGCGUGUUUGGCAAACGAUACCACAAGUUACGAAGCCUGCACGGACAGGUUUGACUCGAGGAAAGCGCUGAUUGAUUAUAUGUUUAGAAAGGAUUAUCUUAGGGAUUUUCUCUGAAACAUUCGCCCAGAACAUUGCCUGUUGUAGCUUUUAUAUGCAACAUGUUUGCAAGACCAUCAAAUCGAAUGAAAAACUACGGAUGCCUUCUAAGAAGUUUGUUUCUAAAUAAAACCGACACAGCACUGCAACUAAAUGUUCUAACCUAGAGCAUAUUAAUUUGUAUAAGCCAUGCAGUCCUCGACAAUCUAAUGUAAUCU